UCCUCUCUGCACCUGACUCCAGAGGCUGAGACUCCAGGCUGAAACUGGACGGCAACGUUCGGGCGGCCAAGCCAAGAUGGGAGUGAAGGAGAUGCUCAAUCUGGCCCGGGUGCCGUCCAUUCUCAUGCUGGGCAUGGUUUACGGGGCCUACGUGCUGAUUGGUGGCGUGAUUUUCUGGAAACUGGAAGGAGAGCUCGGUAGGAAGGAUCUUACUGGGUUGCUCUUAAGCAAACAGCGGCUGCUUACGGCGUACAGCUGUCUGACCCAAGAAAGUCUAGAGGAUGUGGCUCAGGUCGUUCAAGAAGCAUCAAAGGCUGGUCUGAGUUUAAAAGGCAACCAAACCACGGAUGGUUUCUGGAAGUUCACCAGCUCGGCCGUGUUUGCUGCCACCGUGGUCACAACCAUCGGUUACGGCAACAUGAGUCCCAGCUCGACAGCUGGUCAGAUCUUCUGCGUCUUCUUCGCACUCUUUGGGAUUCCUCUCAACGUGGUGGUGCUCAACAGAGUGGGAAAGUACAUGCUCGCACUGGAGAGGAACGUAUCCGACUUCCUAGAAGAGAAAUCCAAAAGAAAGGGGUGCAGGUUUUUUAUCCACCUGUUCUGCUUCGUCUGCGGGACCGUCCUCUUCUUCAUCGUGCCCAUGCUUGUGUUCCAGCAGCACGAGGGCUGGACCUACUCCCAGGCCAUCUACUACUGCUUCAUCACCCUCAGCACCAUCGGUUUUGGGGAUUUUGUAGCAGAUAACAACCCAGAUAAAGACUACCCUGACUGGUACAGCAUCCUCAUGGCCUCGUGGAUCUUUUUUGGCCUGGCCUGGCUCGCUCUUCUCAUCAAUCACGCCAUCGACAUCCUGGAGCGGCUCAACGCUCAGCUGAAGAUGGGCUGCUGCGGGAAGAAGACUGAAGAGGAGCCCGGCAGCACAGAAGAAAACAACCCUGACACUCAAGUGGAGGACGACGAAGAGCUCAAGAAGCCUCCGCUUCCUCAGUAAUCUACAACUAGGUGAUGGUUUUAGUGAGACGAUUACAGGAUCGUUAGCGCUGCGUUUAGGAUAUGGAAGCUGGUGACAGGCUGUGAGUACAUGUGUGUUAUCAGGCUGUAAAUGCUAUAAUACUUUAUAAUCACCAAUUUAUUAAUAUGGGACCGAUCAAAGGUCGCAAAGUUUUGAUAAUCUUAGCCGAGAGCAAAGGAGUGGCCAGUGAGCCAGAUGAAAAA